UAGCAUAUAACACAUGUAGAAACAUUUUCAAUACCUUAAAUAUGAAAAGUUUUCUAAAGUCUUCUUUUAUUCUCUUUCAGAUUUUCUGGUUUUCCUUUCUUCCAUUAAAGAUCACAGCUUCACCAAGAGCACAAGCAGAAGCUCUUAUACAAUGGAAGAACAGCUUAUCUUUUUCACCACCUUCUCUGAGUUCAUGGUCCACCAACAAUAUUGGCAAUCUCUACAACUGGACUUCUAUCAUCUGUGAUAGCUCCACUGGAAUGGUUUUUGAAGUCAACCUCAGCAAUGUAAACAUCACUGGAUCACUAGCCCAGUUCAACUUCACCUUAUUUUCCACUUUGACCCACUUUGACCUCCAUAAUAACAAUCUUGUUGGAUCAAUACCACCAGCCAUUGGUAACUUGUCCAAGCUCACUCACCUGGACUUAAGCAACAACAAUUUGAUAAAUAUUGUGCCUGUGGAGAUAGGGCAAUUGGCAGAGCUUCAGUAUGUCAACCUGUUUAACAAUAGUCUCAAUGGUAGCAUCCCUUAUCAAGUAAGUUAUCUUCAAAAGGUAUGGUACUUAGACCUUGGAUGGAAUUACUUAAUAGAUCCUGAUUGGUCCAAGUUCUUAGACAUGCCUUUGUUGAUUCAUCUUGGAUUUUCAAAUGAUGCCUUAAAAUUAGUUUUCCCUCCUUUUAUCAUCAAUUGUCGAAAUCUUACUUUUCUAGACUUGUCAAUCAAUUCCUUAACUGGCACAAUACCAGAAUCAGUGUUCACCAAUUUAAUUAAGCUUGAGGCUUUCAAUCUUACUCAUAAUUCAUUUGAGGGUCCACUGCCAUCAAACAUUUCCAAGCUUUCUAAGCUUGUAUCUCUUCAACUAGGAGCCAACAAAUUUAGUGGUCCAAUUCCUGAGAGUCUAAGUCUUUUGUUUGAGCUUGAAAUUCUUGAAUUGUUUGAAAAUUUUAUAGGAGGUAUCAUUCCCUCUUCUUUUGGUAAACUAAAGAAACUCAAGAAACUUGAUCUUCAUUCCAAUUCCUUUAAUUCUACCAUCCCUUCUGAGCUUGGUUCAUGUACCAAUCUCACCUUUUUGGCUUUAACCGAGAAUCAACUCACUGGUCAACUACCUUUAUCUUUCUCCAAUUUGGUUAGAAUCUCUGAGUUGGGUCUUUCCAAUAAUUUUCUUUCUGGUCAAAUCCUUCCUUUUCUUAUUGGCAAUUGGACCCAAUUGAUCUCAUUGCAACUUCAAAACAAUAAUUUUAUCGAGAUUGGGAAUUUGAAAAAUCUUGUAGAAUUAGACCUUUCAGGAAACCAACUUUCUGGCUCUAUUCCUUUAACUCUGUGGAGUCUCACAAGCCUUCAAAAGUUGCAGCUGUUCUUUAAUAAUCUCAAUGGCACAAUCCCUCCAGAGAUUGGAAAUAUGGCAUCUCUGCAAUCUCUUGAUCUCAACACAAACCAACUGUCUGGGGAAUUACCAGAGAACAUUUCUAGCCUUACAAAUUUAGCUGCAAUCUCUUUAUUCACCAAUAAUUUCUCAGGUAUCAUCCCUAAAGAUUUUGGGAAACACAAUCCAUCUUUAUGGGUUCGAUUUGACGGGAACUUGUUUACAAGUGACAUCACAAAUGCAUUUGGGGUGCAUCCAUUCCUAACUUACAUUUCUCUCAGUGACAAUCAAUUUAUUGGGGAGAUCUCUCCACAGUGGGGGCAAUGCCAAAAUCUCACCAAUCUACAGAUGGACAGAAACAGAAUUUCUGGCCAAAUACCUGUAGAGCUUGGUAAAUUGAACAAGUUGGGUGUUCUUAGUCUCAGCUCAAAUGAUUUAUCUGGAAAUAUUCCUGAUAAAUUGGGAAAUUUAAGCAUGUUGUUCAAUUUAAGUCUAAGUAAAAAUCACCUAACUGGAGAGAUACCUCAGAGCAUAGGGCAUUUGCAGAAUCUUCAAUUUCUUGAUCUGUCAAGGAACAACUUGAGUGGGAGUAUACCAAAAGAUAUUGGAAAUUUGAAAAUUUUAUUGAGCUUGGACUUGAGCCACAACAAUUUAUUUGGUAGCAUCCCAAUUGAGCUUGGAAACUUAGUUUCAAUUCAGAUCACAUUUGAUUUAAGUAGUAAUUCAUUAUCAGGAGCAAUCCCCCAGGAUUUGUCAAAACUUGCAUCAUUGGAGAAUCUUAAUGUUUCACAUAAUCAUUUCUCUGGCACUAUUCCAACUAGCUUAUCUAGCAUGGUUAGUCUCCUCACAGUUGAUUUCUCCUAUAAUGAGUUGAUAGGUCCAAUUCCGAUUAGUGGACAGUUUCAAAAUGCUUCUAGUGAAGCCUUUGUUGGAAACUCAGGUUUGUGUGGAAAUGUUGAUGGAUUGACCCUUUGUAGUUUAAGUUCCAACAAUAGCAAGCCUAGUAAGAUUAAUACUAGGAUUCUUAUUGUUAUACUUGUUCCUGUGUGUGCCCUUUUUGUUCUAAUAUCAAUUGCUGUGUUGAUUCUAUUGCAUCAUGGUUAUAACAAACCACAUGAUGAGGAGGCUAAAAGUAGUGAAAGCUCUGAGAGUUUUGAGACAAUGAUAUGGGGAAGGGAAAGGAAAGUCACGUAUGGUGAAAUUGUAAGAGCUACAGAAGAUUUUGAUGAUAAGUACUGCAUUGGAAAAGGAGGAUUUGGAAGUGUUUACAAAGUCUUGUUGUCCAAAGAUCAAGUAGUUGCUGUUAAAAAACUCAAUAUACCAGACUCUAAUGAUAUCCCAACUACAAAUUGCCAAAGUUUUGAGAAUGAGAUUCGUUUUCUAACAGAAGUUAGGCACCGAAACAUCAUCAAGCUGCAUGGAUCCUGUUCAGCAAGGGGAUGCAUGUAUUUGGUUUAUGAUUACAUUGAGAGGGGAAACUUAGCAAAUGUACUAUAUGGAGUUGAGGGAGAAGUGGAGCUGGGAUGGGCUGCAAGGGUGAGAAUUGUGCAGGGAUUGGCUCAUGCCCUUGCAUAUUUGCAUCAUGACUGCUCUCCCCCUAUUGUUCAUCGAGAUAUCUCCUUGAAUAACAUCUUGCUCGAGUCAAAACUCGAGCCAAAACUCUCAGAUUUUGGCAUUGCAAGGUUGUUGGAUCCAAAUUCUUCUAAUUGGACAACAGUUGCUGGAUCUUAUGGCUACAUGGCACCAGGUAAAGCUCACAUUAGAUAGAUGUAUGUUGAUUAAUAAUGUUUCCUUACCAAU